GCCCCCCUGCUCACCUAUUUCUAAGUGUCCACUGGGACCCACCCUCUGGGGCCGAAUGCGCAAGCGCUCUUCUUCUCCAGUCGGGGUCGGCAUCUCGGUACGCAUGCCUGAGCGGUAGCGGGAGCCUACGGAAUUUCCCGCCGGAAAUUCUGAAGCCUUUACUACCGAGAGCGGGCGCCGCUACCCAGCUAGAGAGGCUCACUUCCGCCCCGUUAAGGGAUGGGGGCGGCCAUCUUGAGUGUGCGUACAAUCAAAAGGCUUUGGCGGGAUUUGUUGCGUGUCGGGACUCUUCUCUUGCUUUCCCACCUACGAGAGUUUCAUCCCGAACCCUUCCCUGCUUGGAGGAGGGCCUGCUGACGGCCGAUUCCUUUGCAGCAGAAGGAACUCUUAAAUUCUGGAAAUAGCGACUCAGUAGCAUGGCCAGCCGCCUUAAUGAAGAUCCAGAAGGAAGUCGAAUCACUUACGUGAAAGGAGAUCUUUUCGCAUGUCCCAAAACAGACUCUCUAGCCCAUUGUAUCAGUGAGGAUUGUCGAAUGGGUGCUGGAAUAGCUGUUCUCUUCAAGAAGAGAUUCGGAGGGGUGCAGGAACUGUUAAGUCAACAAAAGAAGUCUGGAGAAGUGGCUGUUCUGAAGAGAGAUGGGCGAUAUAUAUAUUACUUGAUUACAAAGAAACGGGCUUCACACAAGCCAACGUAUGAGAACCUACAGAAGAGUUUGGAGGCCAUGAAGUCCCAUUGUUUGAAGAAUGGCGUCACUGACCUCUCCAUGCCCAGGAUUGGAUGUGGUCUGGAUCGGCUGCAGUGGGAAAAUGUAUCUGCAAUUCUCGAAGAGGUGUUUGAGUCAACAGACAUCAAAAUUACUGUGUACACACUCUGAACAGAUGAAGAUCUUGGAUGAGCCCGUGGUCUUUUGUGUCAUCUACGAAGCUGUAGGACUAAGCAGCUGUAGGACCUCAGAAUGGGCAGAGGACAGUCUGUGAGAGGGAGUCUCUCCUAGGCCAGAUGUGGGUUUCUGUACUCCAAGAGGAUAGGGAGGGCACUGCACCCAAGCAGGAGGUGAGGUCUGUCACUAGGCAGGAAACCAUGUAGGUAAGUGUUUAGGACCUGCUUGCUUAGCCACUACUGGAUUUGUUUGGCUGGCCACUGGGUGGCAGAGUAGGUUCUAAUUUUCUUUUGAAGAGAAAUUGUGGGAAGGGUAAACUUUUGAGAUUUUUUUUUUAACAAUUUUAUGUUUGUGCACUUUGUGUUAAUCUCACCAAAAAUCAUCAUAGGAAAGGAUUAUGGUUUUUAGUUAUGACAUCACAAUGUGUCAAGAGUGGAACAAUAAACGUUUCCCUUGUGUUCACUGA